GCUUUUACGUAACAGCAUCAUAGUGAGUGUCCACAAGACACUUCUUCAGUUCUCUCUCUCUCUCUCUCUCUCUCUCUCUCUCUCUCUCUCUCCUUAUUACCGUUGUUUCUCUCUCUCUCUCUCACUAUGGCAAGUUCCUUUUCUUUUCCACUUUGACAUGGAUCAAUCAUCAACAAGGAAUUCAAGCUGAACAAGAAGAAGAAGACGAGAAGAAUAUCGCGCUGAUCAAGAAGAUGCUGAAGAGGCAACAAGAGACUGUCAUGCUGCAGUCGUCGUCGUUGUCGUCGUCUCGCCGUCAAAACUUGCAGCGUCAACAAAACCAAGACCGUUCGGUUAAACCCGUUGGUUGCUUGUCCGGCAUUCUUCAUCUCGUCUCCAAGUACCACCGCCGCCCCCGUCGCAAGUUCCUCACCUUCGGUAAGAAGCAGGGAAAGAAUUGCGACGUUGAGGUCCCUGUUAAUUCUUUUGCCCCGAGUAAAGGAGCCGAUGAUAAAGUACUCUCGGAAGGAAACCAGAUACCUUCUUCUUCGUCGACCACACUGCACGUCGACGGGAAGAAGAAAGAGGAUGGCGGAGGAGACAAAAUCUGCCAUGCUCGGCAGUUGUCGCGCCAAGUGCCGAGGAGCCCAACACUCUCGGUGGAGAUUCGACAAUCGGAUUCUGUUGUCUCGCCGGACAAUUUUAGAGAACUGACAUUUAAGGACGGAAGAAGCACUACUACUACUUCUUCUUCUUCGCCGUCGACGCUGGUGGGCGUCGAUGAGAAAGAGACUACUUGUAAUUCGUCGGCCGAAGAGAAGAGAAGGAUGCUACUGGGAGCAUUGGAGAAAUGCGAUGAAGAUCUCAAAGCCAUCAAGAACAUCAUCGAAGCCCUCCGGACAACGUCGUCGUCGACCGAACGUGGAAGGGGCAUGAAGGCUACAAAGGAAGAAAAGUUUGAGGCCUAUGGCAAUAUUGGCAAGGAAUUUAAACACAGUCCUAUAUCUGUGCUUGACCUCGACUUCAUUAGUCCUCCAGCAAAUUCGAAAAGACACAUUACCAACGGGCAAACGGUGCAGCAGCAAAAGCCACAACCGAGGAAGAUCAAGAACCCAAGGCAAGAGGAUACGGUCACCACCACAGGUUUCUUCCACACCAGAGUCGCGACCGUCGGGGUGCUAUCCGUCCCGACAAGACGCGAGAUCGCGGCAUGGAGCAGCAAGGCCAUGGGAGAGAGUGUCGCCGAGGUGUGCGGCGACGUGGAUUGCGGGGAGAGGAGGGAAGUCACGAGGAUAGGGUUGGUCUUGCAGGACUACAUAUUUAGAGACUUGGUGGAUCAGGCAGUCAAGGAGUUACUGCUGCUCGGGAGAUCAGCUGCUGCUGCCAGUAAUUGCUUGUAUUCACCACUUCCCCUUGAGGCUUGUAAGAAGAGAAUGCGUUUCUGAGUUGAGUACUGUGUGUGAGAAAAUAAGAAUCAAGAAGUACAUUCUUUCCACUAGCCUUUUAACACAUUUAUUAGGGUUGUGAAUUCUCCUCUUUUAUUUGGGUAAAAUAAACUAGUCAAAAUGAUUUCACUUUUAUCA